UAUCAAGGCAGUGCAUCUCUAUCGAACAACCGGGACCAUGGCACCAUAACCCCGCCGAUCCGCUCGUUUGAGUAGGGCACCUAGCAGCGACCUGGACUGCCCAGCAGCGUCUUUGGUCGCUUCAAGCUCCUCCAUGGGCCCGUUGCGUCGUGACUCCAACGGUUGAUCUUGGAAGUUUAACCACAGGAUUGACGCUCGAUUGUACUCCCCAUCGGCCGCGCUUCAGCCCAAUGACCAUGGCUUCUUUCACUCUCGAGAAAGCUGCCAUACUCUCGGUCGAGAACCAAGAAUCUUUGGGACCGUCGCAGAGGACAACCCAGAGGCGCCGCAUCCUCCAGGGGCUGGUCGCUCUGGUCAUUCUAUCCUUCUUGUCCUUCUUGAUUAUUGCGACAGCGUUCAGUGGAUGCUCAGCACCGACCUUCUCACUCCGAACUCAUGGGAUCUUCCAAGUCAACCCAGCCGAGCACAACCUCAGAUCCCAAACAAUCAACAGCCGGUCACCGGCCCUCGAUCUUCGGAAUGCGGAUGCGGCUACCAGCACCACAUCGACCGCGGCAGCCGAGCGGACGGUCCUUAAGACCUUCGAGGUCGACCAGCCAGUUCUGAUGCCCGACGGCCCUGCAGAAAGCGAUGGGUCAACUCGCUCCGGCAAGGACUACUCGCCCGAACUGUGUACCGUCUUGUUGAUGCGCCACGACUUCGCCUGGAGUUAUGGCGUCCCCUUCGUUGGGGACUACUCCCCGCCUGAUUGUAAAUUCAACCGAGUGGUGCUCAACUUCAGCGUCGUAAGCGAGGGGCGCCAGUACGACCGAUUGGCGAUUAUGUACUUUGGUGACACUGAAGUUUGGAGGACCUCAACAGCGGAACCGACGGCUCAUCCGGGGAUCAGUUGGAUCUAUCUCAAGGAUAUGACACAGUACCUUUACUUCUGGAGGUCUCCGCAGAAGAUCAUCUUCGAUCUUGGUAACUUGAUCAAUGACAAGUACACCGGCAUCUUCAACACCACCAUGACAGCCAUCUUCUUCCACAGCGACAUAGAGACCGAUCAGGCACCCCCAAGCGACUUGAUCAUUCCCAUAUCAGCGCGCCAAGGGGCCAACAACUCCGUCAGCCAGUUCACCCUGCCAACGCAGAACGCCACAAACACCAUCAGCUUCCCGCGGAACGCCCGCCGUGCAAUCUUCUCCGUCUCCGCAAACGGGCAAGCCAGCGAGGAAUUCUGGUGGAGCAACGUCCCCGAAACCGACGUCUCAACCUUCAGCGCCACGGCGGGAGAACUGCCCGGUCUAAGUCCCUUCCGCGAGGUUCAAGUGCUGAUCGACGGCCAGCUCGCCGGAGUUCAAUGGCCGUUCCCCGUCAUCUUCACGGGCGGCGUCGUCCCCUCGCUGCACCGUCCCAUCGUGGGUAUCGAGGCGUUCGACCUCAGAGAGCACGAGAUCGACAUCACGCCCUUCCUUCCGCUGCUCUGCGACGGCAAACAACACACCUUCACCAUCCGUGUCGCGGGCUUAAACGGUACGGGAAAAGCUGGAUCGACUUCUCUCACCGAGACGGUCAACGAGAGCUGGUACGUCACGGGCAAGAUCUUUGUCUGGCUCGACGACCCAUCCUCCAUCACCAUAGGCGAGCCCCCCAGUAUCCUCGACGACCCACCCGCCAUCCACACCCGACGCUCCCUCACCAGGGCUGCCAACGGCACGAACCAAACCCUGAACUACAUCACGCGUGUCUCGCGCAGCUUCAAGAUCACCAGCCGCAACAUCCGAUCUCAGCACCAAUCCGCCCCGGUCACCUGGACCCAGGACCUCACCUACGUCAACAACGGGCUCGUCUCGGCCUUCGGCUACAGCCAGCUCAACGACGUGCGCAUCGCAGGCGAGGACCAAUCCCUUCUCCCGGACUCCCGCUACCUUGCGCGCUACAGCUACCCGCUCUUCGCGAACCAGUCCUACGCGGUCUCGCCGCAGGGCAAUCUCUCCAUCUGGGCGCACGUCAAGCAGGGCAAGGAAGUUGCCGUCUCGGGCGCGAGCGUCUUCCCUUCCGGGCUGGAGGCCUUUGCUGGGAGGAAGAGUGAGAAGGGGCAGACGGCGAUGCUGAGGACCACCAAAGAGGGCACGGCCGAGUUCAGGCAGACUGGGGACGGGACGCAGAGUACGGGAUGGGGCGACGCAAGUCAGGUGUUUUGGUUUGGCACGGGUAAGGGACGGCCAGGCUUGGAUCAGCUUGGCGGAGCCGAGGAGUUGUAUUAUAGGAGCGUGAAAGCUGUCAAUGGGUCGGUGGUGGAGGAUGUGAAGAGGAUGGAGGGCCGCGAUGAGCAGGGGGCGGUGGGUGGUACUAGUAGUACUAGUGGUGGGGAUGGCAAGGGGACGGACGGGAUCGUCUCGUAUGUGGAGUGGUAAGGCCGUUUCGAAAGCCACUUGAAGUGUUUGAACCUGCCAGCCGCCCACGUGGAGGCUGGGCGCUUGACUUAAAAGUAUCCAAGGCACCCCCAUAACUGCAAGUGCUUUCUGUUUCGGAAAACUCGGCUGCUUCAGACCUUACAUGUAGGUACCUCAGUAGGCCGUGCAGGCUCAGAUAUCGAAGCUGGCUCAAUGCUGGGCAGUUGGUAUGUAUCGGACAGGAACAGCCUCGAGGCCCUUGGUUGCCGGGCCAGCUCGUGUGGGUCAGCACUGCAGCGGGUGGGCGGAUCGCCGUUGUGGGACCAGGGUCCCGCAGCCAAACGAUUGGCGUCGGGGGUGCAGCGGCAGAUCAAGGAGAUUCGCAUGUGCCACACUGCUCCCCAGUCAACCGCCA